GAUUCUUACCCUUUUCAAAUGCUUUUCUUUUUGAUCACUUGCUGCUCAUUCCUCUUCUUUUACAAGUCUCUUUCUCUCAAGCCACUCCCUCCGUGGACUAGUGAGAUGAGAUUGCUGUCACUCUGGUUCUGGAAAGAUUUGUCACUUUUAUCCCUCGCCAAAUCCAUAACAAGUAGUUUAUUUGGUAAAAACCUCAGCUUGAUUGCCUCAUCAGAGAUGUCAUUGAAGAAGAAGAACUCUAGUUUCAAAGUACAGGAUUUUGAUGAGCUGACCCCAGAGAUGUCUGUACUUGAUUUGCCUGAACUUGUUCUGGAAUGCAUCCUUGAGAGGCUGCCUCCUGAGGGUCUACGGAACAUGGCUAGUGUGUGCUGCUCUUUGAGGGACAGAUGCAUGAGUGAUCAUUUUUGGGAGAAGCAUUUGAAACAGAAAUGGGGACAAAUUAUUGGUCCUGCUGCCUAUAGGGAGUGGCAAUGGCAUAUUGUAUCAAGAAAGGAUUCAUUCUUUCUCAAUCAAUCCAAACAAAAAGGGUUCUUCAGUUCUCUUUCUCAGAUGUGGCCUAUUUCAUUAGUUAGAUCCAACCUAAAGAAGAAGACCAUCAAGAGGAAGGAUUUUCCUCCAGUUGACUCAAUAAUGUCUUGGUACCUUGCUAUUGAGUCUGGAAAGUUUUGGUUCCCUGCCCAGGUCUAUAACCGCGAGAAUGGUCAUGUUGGAUUUAUGUUAUCCUGCUAUGAUGCAGAACUUAGCUAUGAUGCUAGAACUGAUACUUUUCAGGCCAGAUAUCCUCCCCAUGGAAACAGAGCCAUAGCGAUAGAAACUGGUGUGACUUGGGAUAGGCUAAGAGCACCACCUAUCGAUACUCCUCCGCACAAUCUUCACAUCUCUGAUUGUUUGAGUGAACUGCACCCUGGGGAUCACAUUGAAAUUCAAUGGAGACGGAAUAAAGAAUUUCCUUAUGGUUGGUGGUAUGGUGUUGUGGGUCACCUGGAAACAUGUGAUGGGAAUUCCAACUACUGCCGUUGUCAUCAUAGUGAUACCGUGGUUCUGGAGUUUAAUCAGUACACUCCAGGUUCGAGGUGGAGAACGACAACCGUUAGUAGAAGAGACCAUAGAGAAGAAGGAAAUGAGGCUGAUGGUUUCUAUGGGGGGAUAAGAAGACUCCACAAAACUGAAGAGAUUUCAACAUGGAAAAAGCUCUGGCCCACUGAAGUCCUGGAAUAA